AUGUUGCCUUCUUAUUCUUCCUCAGCCUCCAAGGUGGUGCCGCGGCAUCAUGCGAGUGGUUACUCCAAUGGAUAUCCAAGGGGGAACACGUUCGAGAUCUCCCCCCAUAGGUCAGGAAGACACCUUUGUUCUCUCCUCGCUAAUUGCUUCUAUCCUUUGCGCCGCGCCUCGCUGACCUGUCAUUCUCUUCUCAACAGAUACCAACCACGAGCCUCAACACCCGCGAAUCGUCGUCGUCAGCGUCUAGUAACUCGCCUCAUCAUUGUCGCCGUUGUCGCCAUCUUCUUUCUCGUCUUCGUCUGGCCGGGAGCCUCCCUGACUUCCAUCUUCUCCCUCGGUCUGCUGUCUGCCAGCAGCGACUUGCAAUUGGAAACAGUACGAUACUACGAUCUCAGCAAUGUGCAGGGGACUGCUAGAGGAUGGGAGCGGGAGGAGCGCAUUCUUCUCUGUGUCCCUCUGAGAGACGCCGAGUCACAUCUGUCCAUGUUCGCCUCCCAUCUGCGCAACUUCACCUACCCCCACCACCUCAUCGACCUUGCCUUCCUGGUCUCCGACUCAAAGGACCGCACCCUACAGGUUCUCAACGAUAUGCUGGAGGAGAUUCAGGCCGAUGAGGACCCCAAACAGCCUUACGGCGAGAUCUCCAUCAUCGAAAAGGAUUUUGGACAAAAGGUCAACCAGGAUGUGGAGAGUCGUCACGGAUUCGCGGCACAGGCGAGCCGAAGGAAGUUGAUGGCCCAGGCCCGUAACUGGCUACUCAGUGCCGCCCUGCGGCCAUACCAUUCCUGGGUGUACUGGCGCGACGUUGACGUCGAAACCGCCCCAUUCACCAUCCUCGAAGAUCUCAUGCGUCACAACAAGGACGUGAUUGUGCCAAAUGUUUGGCGACCUUUGCCCGAUUGGCUUGGUGGAGAGCAGCCGUAUGAUCUCAACUCAUGGCAGGAAUCAGAAACGGCGCUAGCUCUCGCGGACACUCUGGACGAAGAUGCUGUGAUUGUUGAAGGUUACGCCGAGUAUGCGACUUGGCGGCCGCAUUUGGCAUACCUGCGAGACCCAUAUGGCGACCCUGAUAUGGAGAUGGAAAUUGAUGGAGUGGGCGGCGUCAGUAUUCUUGCCAAGGCCAAGGUCUUCCGGUCUGGAGUACACUUCCCAGCUUUUAGUUUCGAGAAGCACGCUGAGACGGAAGGAUUCGGAAAGAUGGCGAAGCGCAUGGAAUACUCUGUUGUCGGUCUGCCGCACUACACGAUCUGGCAUCUUUACGAGCCUAGUGUUGACGACAUCAAGCACAUGGAGGAAAUGGAACAAGAGAGGCUUGCUAGCCAAAAAGAGGAAGAAGAAAAGGCCGAAAAGGCUAAGAAGGUCAAAGAGCAGUUCGGCGAUGCCAGCAGCCAGUGGGAGAAGGACAAGACUGAUAUGCAAAACCUCGUCGUCGGAGAGAAGAAGAAAGAGACGAAGGGCACAAAGGAAGACACCAAGGAGGUCGCCAAGGAGGGCAAGGAGGCCAAGUCGCCCAAGGAUGCCGACAGCAACCAAGCGGAUACAAACAAGAAGGCCGCAGCAGCAGACAAGAAGGAUACAGAAGGCAAGUCAGACAAGCUGGCAAAAAAGGAAAAGGACGGAAACGGCGCAGCAUUCGCCAAGAAGGCUGAGAGCUGA